ACCUUCAAAGUAAAUAGUCAAUAUGUGGAGCCUGGUGGGGUUAUCACGAUGACCCGUCGUAUCCAUGCUUCCCGAUACCCAUGGUAGUGUUUGAGAUCGCUGUCGUUCUCAUGGCACCCUGAACAUGUGGAAGCCAACCAAGAACCAGAAAUUCGGCGUAGUUAUCUACAACUUCGAACAUGAAAACCUUCAGCAGGCGUUGAGACUUGAUGUGGGAGAUACUGUACAGAUCUUAGAAGAAUGCGCUGGCUGGUACAGAGGCUUCAACUCAAGAAACAGAAAUGUCAAAGGCAUAUUUCCUGCGCAGUUUAUCCAUCUCAAGCCAUUCAAGAUUGACAAUGAAGGUGUUUAUGAAACGGUAACACCUGUGGAAGAUCCUGUCGUUCAAGAGGCGGCAUCCGUGCUGAGAGAAUGGGGGCAAAUAUGGAAGAAACUCUACGUGGAGCUUGGGACACCAAAUGGAGACCAAGAACUAUGGGAUGCUGUCCGGAAAGCCAUGAUGGAUGUGGCGGACUGGAGGAAACAGCUCAUCACCGGAACGCUUACCUCAGACCAAAUAGCGCAACUCAAAUUAAAAAUAACACGGAAAAUAGACUGGGGGAACAGGAAGCUGGGACUUGACCUUGUGCCCCGAGUCGAUGGGGAAAUGGUGGAUCCCGAUUGUGUUAGUGUGGUAGAGCUUCACCAGGUGCAUGUACAAAGUGCUGAAGCUUCACAAACUCACACUCAGGGCCUUGGGACACUUGGGAAAAGGAAGGAGAGGAGGAAAAUCUUGAGUCAUCACUUGUUUUUCUGUAUGAGAGAUUUCUCGUACUAUUUGGGAGAAGAUGCUGAGGUUUUCUUCUCCUUGUAUGACGCACAGAGAGGAAAGAUUAUAAGUGAAAGAUUUCUAGUCAAAUUAUCAAAAGAAGGAUUUUCAAAUUAUAUUGAAAAAAUCCAUAGCAACUGCACAAUAUUUACAGACCUUGGUAGUGGAGACCUAGCAUCAGACUUGUAUAUUGUUGCACAUGUUGUUAGAGUUGGAAGGAUGUUGUUCUCAGAGUCAGUGAAGAAGACCUCUUCCCACUGUUAUCGCAGACCUCAUGGUGUUGCUCUGUUCAGAUUAUCACAAUCUGUUCUCCAAGGCAGUGAGGGAGAGGUUGAGCUAACAGGAAAACUGUUUACUUCUGAUGAAAAAGACUUUUGGCAGCUUCAUGAACUGGUUCUUAAGAAGCAGUCAAACAAAUAUUCUAUCCUGUCUAACAAUGCCAGUUAUGGUUUGGUUGUGAGUGUAAAGGUGGUGCAUGGUGAGUUAGAACAAGCCACCAAGGAAAAUCCCCUGCUGCUCAAAAAUGUGUGUGUUACUAAGAAACUUGGCUUUUCUGAUGUCAUUAUGCCUGGAGAUGUAAGAAAUGACUUGUAUGUGACCUUAAAUAAUGGAGACUUUGAGAAGGGAGGCAAGACCGUCGGUAAAAAUAUUGAAGUUACAGUACUGGCAUUAGACUCAGAUGGAAAAGCUCUGGAGUGUAUUUACAGUGGUAUGGGACAUGAUGGAAGCACCGAGUUUUCAUCCAUGAUAAUGUAUCACAACAAUUCUCCCCGUUGGAAUGAACGGCUAAAAGUUGCCAUCCCUAUUGACCAGUUUGCAGGCGCUCACCUGAGACUGGAAUACAGGCAUUGCUCAACUCGUGAAAAGAAUGAAAAGAAACUGUUUGGCUUUUCAUUUGUCCGUCUUAUGGAUGACGAAGGGGGAACAACAUUGCGAGAUGGAUCCCAUGAACUGUGUGUUUAUAAAUGCGACGAACGUGGGCGUUUAAACAAUCCAGUGGAGUACCUUUCCAUGCCCUUCCUUGCCAAAGAGGCAGUGGAUUGCAUCUACUCUUUACCAUUCCAGCGAUCACCCAAAGAAAUAAUGGUCAUUGACACUCUGCUAUGCUCAACCAAACUCACACAAAAUGUUGAUCUCCUGUCAUUACUGAGAUGGAGAUCAGCUCCUGAGGGUAUUGGAGAAACACUUUCGAGACUUACCCGUGUGGAUGGUGCAGAGACGGUCAAGUUCCUACAGGAUGUGUUGGAUGCUCUCUUUGCCAUGUUUUCCACGGAUGAUGGGAACUCAACACAACAUUCUGGCCAUGUCUUCCAGGCCCUAGUCUCUAUAAUUAGCCUUCUUGAAGACAGUAAGUUUGAGCAUUUCAAGCCAGUAAUGGAUGCUUACAUCACUGGCCACUUUGCCGCUGCACUUGUUUACAAUUACAUUAGGGGCAUCUUCGGGGGCAUGCGAUCAGCCACUCGGGGAUGCUCUUAUCAACAACUGACAGUAGAUAUCUUACCAUACUCUGAGGAUACUUCCUGCUAUACUUCCAGCAGCUUGGACCUGGUUAAAUCCCGAGUGCUUUCAACAGGCGUGGCAUUGAAGAGAUUACUGAGAUGGUUUGCAACUUCCCCAGGGUUUAGCACACGAGUACCACCAGCACUGCAGCAAGAUAUAGAAACAAUGAUGCUUACAUUGUUUGAUGUGCUGGUCCAGGUGAUCUUGACUCUGGAGCGCUCAGCACCCAGCUCAGGUAGCAGUACCUUAAUACCGGAUGUGAUGGGUCUGACGCAGCUGCUGUCUGCUUUCAAGACCAAAUUUGUUCCUACUCACGCUUCAGUAGUCCUGGGGAGUCUGUCAGUGACUCCAUUUGUACAGGACUACACUCGGGGAACCUUAGUAGCAUGCUUAAUGGGCAUUCUGCAGCUUAUGUCCGAGAUACACUACACCAAGCUGUGGGAGGAACACUUGAUCUCUGGCACACAUCAUCUGCGCCACCUUCUGUACUCGACCAUUGUGCUGCUGGCAGACCUUGUGAGAGCAGCAGUGUUUCCAAGUGACUGGUUUGUCAUGCGCAUGGUUACCAACCACACUAUAUUGACAGCCAUGCAGGAGAUUGCACAGCCACUGAUUUCAACGUUUUUGAAGUCGGGAAGAUUUGAUAACCAGGUUUGGAGUAGUUACCUGAAUCUAGCUGUUGGAUUCUUGACGCAGCCUUGCCUGCAGUUGGAGCACUUCUCGCAGCAGAAGCGUCACAAGGUUUUGGAAAGAUAUAAUGACAUGAGGGUCCUUAUGGGCUUCCAGAUACUUUCCAUGUGGCAUAACUUAGACGAGCACCGGCUGCACUUCAUUCCGGGCAUGGUGGGCCCUUUCCUAGAGGUGACACUAGUGCCAGAGCCAGAACUACGCAAAGCUACGCUGCCCAUAUUCUUUGACAUGAUGCAGGCAGAACAACAGGCAAAGGGCAAUUUCAAACAGGUUGAAACGGAACUGAUAGAUAAGCUUGAUAUUUUGGUAAGCGAGAACAAGGGUGAUGAUGAAUACCGUCAGCUGUUUAAUACUAUACUUUUGGAGCGUGUACGUUCAAAUGACCCAGUAUGGAGAGAGAGUGGAACAGCUUUUAUCAAUUCCGUUACAAGACUCUUAGAAAGGCUUUUAGACUACCGCAGUGUGAUGCAGGGGGAUGAAAACUGUGACAAGAGAAUGAGUUGCACAGUUAACUUGUUGAACUUCUAUAAGAAUGAAAUCAAUCGACAAGAAAUGUACAUUCGAUACAUCUACAAGCUCCAUGAUCUCCACCUCCCAGCUGGAAACUACACAGAAGCAGCUUUCACUCUGCAGCUACAUGCAGAUCAGCUCUCCUGGACACAGAGGAUGCUGCAUGCAGAUCAUCUAUAUCAAGCACAGACGGAAACACAGCGAAAAGAGCUAAUUUAUAUGAAAAUCAUAGAUUACUUUGACAAGGGCAAGUGCUGGGAGCAAGGCAUUCCCCUUCUUGAAGAAUUAGCAGGACAGUACAAAACCAGGUUGUUUGAUUAUCAGAGACUAAGUGAGGUGUUAAAACGUCAAGCUUCAUUCUAUGAGAAAAUACUUAGUGGCAAGAGAUAUGAUAAUGAAUAUUUUCGUGUUGGAUUUUAUGGCCUGGGUCUUCCUCUUUUUGUGAGGAAUAAAGUUUUCAUUUAUCGUGGAUUAGAGUAUGAGCAGAUUGUGGCCUUCACCCAGAGGAUUCAGACGGAAUUUCCUCAGGCUAAAAUGCUGCACCACAAUACUCCUCCUGAUGAUACUAUCCGCUCAUCUGAUGGACAGUAUAUCCAGAUCUGUGCUGUGAAGGCAGUCCCAGAGCCAAAUCCCAAGUUUGAGGGCAUUGAAGUUGAUGAAAGAAUUCUCAAAUAUUACACUGUGAACCACGUCCGCCACUUUGUGUAUGACAGGCCAACAUACCGUGGACCGGCAGAUAAAGAGAAUGAGUUCAAGAACUUAUGGAUCGAAAGAACUACAUACACAACUGAAUGUGAGCUGCCUGGUAUCCUCAAGUGGUUUGAGGUAGUUGAACAAAGGAUAGAACAGUUGUGUCCACCUCAGUAUGCUUGUGAAACUGUGGAACGCAAUAACAAGCAGAUUCGCCAAGUUAUGCAGCACUAUCGUGCCAACCCUCAGGAUAACAUUCAGCCCUUCACAAUGAGGCUUCAAGGCACCAUUGAUGCAGCUGUUAAUGGAGGGAUUGCAAAGUACCAGGAUGCCUUCUUUGGGCCCGACUACCUGGUUGUAUAUCCUGAGUACGCAGAUCAUGUUAAUAGACUCAAGGUCCUCAUAUCAGAUCAGACCAUGAUCUUAGAGGGAGCACUAGAGCUCCAUGGCAAGAUUGCACCGCCAGCUAAUCAGCCUCUUCAUAGAAGAUUAGUAGAGGUUUUUGAAGGUUUACGAGCAAAAGUACGGAAGAUGUGCUCAACCCCCCAGUCCCAGCGAUCGACCUCUUCUCUCCAGUCGACUCCCCCACCACCUCCAACCCACAGGAGGGCAGACUCUGACCCUGCUACAGAGUUCAGGAGAAUGGGAUCAAUUAUCAACUCUCCUUUGCCACCACUGCCAUCUGAUAAGUGUGCUGUUAGUGUAAGUUCUUCCUCCACAUCCGGCCACUCCUCGCAGAGAUCAUCACAGGCAUCCUCACUGUAUGCUCAUUUCCACUCAGCUUCUCAUGAUGAUGAGUUGUAUGCCAAGCCUCAGGAAUGGGACGAGGGAGUUGCCAGUAUGCGCGACUCACGGCCCCGGUCUGCCUUUAUUACGGAUAGCAGAGGCUCAUCCCCGAAGUCUCUCUCCAAGUCCCUCAAUAAUGAUUACAUGAUUGUACCUUCUCAGAAAAUGAGUUCUGAAGAAAACAGACGGUCUCGCCACUCUCGUCCACCAAGCCCUCAUUCAGCUAGAAUCUCUGGUACUCAUGACUCACUCAACACUUCAUGGAGUGAUUCUCAUGGAUCGCAAGAAUCUCUUCCCCCUCUCCCACCAAGAGAUCAUUUUCCAGGCAACGAAAGACAGACUCGUUCAGUUAGCCUUGGGGGAGAGGAAGACGCUCCUCCUCCGGUUCUCCCCAAGAGGAUGGGCAAGAAGUGCUCGUCGCCUGCCAUGUUUGGGUCUGAUCAGCUCCUGGGUGAUGGUGUGGAUGGAAGCAGCAGUAGCGGCGGUGGCCUCAGUAACGGCUUUCCUGCCUCCACCCCUGGCACCCCUCCGUUGCUCUCACCGCGUAACCACCGCACUCCCCCACCACCACCUAUACCUCCCAAGUCAACUUCUACCCCACUCACUCCACUGUCACCACCCUCAAGCUUCACCCUCAACACUUCUGGUGAUGACUUAACACCUACCACACCAACUAAUAUAUACAUAGGUGAUAUAGAAAAUACGCAUCCCAGUCUUCACGAGAACUAUUCCGUGCCUCCUCGACUUCAGCCAUAUCCUCCACCAUCUUCCUGAAUCUUCUUGUGCUUUUCCCUAGAAGUGCUGGUGUUCGCAUUUUGAUGUGUUGGUAUGGUUUCUUUUUGGAAUUACUCACAUAAUUCUGUUUUCUUUUCAACUGUGUAAUUUGUUUUUAAACCCAGAUAUGGUAUAUUUAUUUAGGCAUGCAUAUUUGGGUACAAUUAUAGUAAAACGUUAUUGUUCACAUAAAAUUUCAUGAAUUCCAUUAUUUGUUAUAAAUUUAAAUCUAAAUAAGAAUAAUUUAGACAUACUUAAGU